CACGCCAUGGAGGGACCGCACCGCAGCUGCCUUCUCCUCCUCCUCCUCCUCCUCCUCUGCCUGCUCCUGCUGCCGGGCGCCCUGAGCCCGCCGCCAUCUCUGGAAGAAUCCCAGGAGCCAUUGCUGCCAAUGUCCAGCACCACUGAUCCUGCUGCCCAUCUGCUGCGCAGCUGCCCCUCGGCCCCGGUGCGGCCCUACAGCCUGUCGCUCUCCCCCGAGGACUACCGCUACUCCCCCAAGCCCCGGCACCUGCAGCCCGGGCGGCUGCGCCGGCUCCUGGGCUCGGCCUUCGACCCCUUCUGGAUGGCCAUUGAGGAGCCCUGGGGCCACAACGGCAGCAUCCUCAAGGAGAACCUGGAGUCCCUGAGCCGGGACCUGGCGGAGGGUGCUGGGCGCUACCGCCGCAAGCUGUGGCGCGAGGUGGAGGGGCUGGAGCUGCCCACCUUGCUGCCGCCCAGCCCGGGGCUGCCCCCUGAGCUGCCGGGGGCCCUGGCCCACCGCCUGCGGCAGUGGCUGGUGGAGCAGGCCGCCUGUCGCCUCACCUCUGCCUGGGUUGACCUGGGACCCGUCUUCUGGCCCCGCUGGGUGCGCCACACCGCCUGCAACACCGGCCCCCCCAGCUGCUCCUGGCCCCCUGGCAUGACCUGCCGCCCUGCGCAGGUCACCCACAUCAAGCUGCUGGCCUGGCAUUGCUGGGGACCACAGUCCCCCGGCCCCUUGCACUGCGCCUGGCAGCAGAUCCCCUACCCCGUGGUGGCCGCCUGCAAGUUGUCCUGCCGCUGAGGGGCUGCGGAGGGACCCCCUGGUACCUGGUCUUGCAAACAAAUGGCCUGAAAAGGUGAGCAGCUGCCUGGACUUACCCUCAGGGCCAGGGAGCUGGGCAGAUAAUCCCCCAAACGGAGAAAUAAACCUCCAGAAGGGAAGUGGGGAUCAGCUGCAGUCAUUACUGUUUCUUGCCAAAACCCCUGGGCAGCACAGGGAGGCAUUAGUGGCAGUGAAAGCCCUUGUGCAGCAUUUAUCUCCUGCAAAGUAUAUGGGAUGGGAAAAUUGUGGCACCCAGCGGGAGGUUCAGACCCCAGCUGCAUCAGCCCUGGUGGUCUCUGCCCAAGCUGAGGCAUCGCUGCCUGCCUGGGCAGGACUGCGGGCAGUGAGUGAGGGCAGAGGGAUGCCACGGAAAAAUGGUAGGGGGAGGUGGGUUGCAGCUCAGGGUGGAGACUGUGGAGAUAGGGCUGGAGGGUGUCAGCAGGAAGGAGGGCAGGUUUGGGACUGCAACGAGGUGGCCUGGUGAGGGUGGAAGAAGGGAAGGGUGGGCAGGGACCGAGGGCUGGAAGCAUCUGUCAGGGUGGGUGUGUAGACAAGCGGGAUGGGACAGCACAGUCCCCUGCUUGAAUGUACGAUGUGUGAGAUACAGGCAUCCCACACCUACCCCGCAUGGUGUGCAGGGUGAUGGCUUGAGACCUGGGAGGAAGCCUGGCAGAGUAGCGUACGGGUGGGUCAGUGAGUGAGGCGUGGGAACUGCAUCCUCAAAAAGAGGUGUCUGCCUCUACAUUCCACCCAGCAAAAAGUCCUAUGCUUUCUUGGCUAAAAGCUGCAAAGAGCUGCAGAUUGGACCUAGGACAGGUCUUGAAGAAAUAAAGAGCUGGAGGCUUUCCAUGGGAAUGCAAUAUUAACAUGAUGCCUGCAGUCGAUGGGCACUGCAUUGUUCAUUUCCAGCAUGCCAUCAUCUGACCCUCUUGCUUUCCCCAGGCUCCAGAGCUCCCUGUGCCGUGCAAACUGCAGUCUGCUGCAGAGCCUGGCCUUGAAGCAGGCGGAGAGGCAGCCAGAGCGUGGGGGGUUGGGUGCUGAGGGGCCUGAGAGAGACUGAGGUCAGGAUGCCUGGUGAGGAGGAGGAGGAGAAGCAGGGAGCCCACAUGUACAUGAAAACAAGUGUGUGCAUUGCAGGGGAGGGAGGCUGCUGCUGCUUUUGUUCGCAGCUGAGCAGUGAAACAUCUGUAUGUCUGCUCUCCCACUGAGGAGGACUUGAAAGCUGGAGCAGGGUUAAACUGCUUGCGUUGGGUUCCCUGAGUUCAGCAGAGACAUCAGCAGGGCUGCCUGCAGAAGCCCAGGGGAGAGGGGGAGGCCUGGGCUGGGGACCAGCAGGAGGAAGGGAGGGAGGGAGCAUGGUACAGGUGUGUGGUGGAGAUGUGCAAGUAGCGGGGGCCAAGUAGGGGGUGCACAUGCAUCAGGCUCAAAACAGCAGUGAUGCAGUUUAGGGACUCAAACCCCCUGAACCAAAGCCCAUCUGGCUCAAGUGUCAUCUCCUCCAGGUUGCAACAAGGGCCUGAGCUCAACCCCCUGCUGUUUCCCCACUACAUUCCCCGUUCCCAAAAUGGUGCCCGUUGAUAAGGGGGAAUGGUUUGCAGCACCAUGAGGGCCUGGUGCCACACAAAAGGAACUCCGUAUCACACUUUAUCAGCAGGCUGAGCUCAGGGCCCUGUGCAGAUGGAAAAUUAAAUAAAAUCAGCACACAGUUACACUGCUAGCUGCCCUAACAAGAUCCAGUGGCAACUCUAUGGAAAAUGCAUUUCUUCCCAGCCCUCCGUUUCUUGUAAAGCCUUACAGCCCUGGAUUAAAUUCUGUAUUCUUCUGCAGCAGUUCAGGUCAGACGUGUUAUUGCCCUGUAGCUUGCUGUCUGACUGCCUAAUAGCAGUUAGCAUUUCUGGAGCAAGUCUUUGCUGAUGUGACCCAGCACUCCAGCACCCAAGCACAGCACACCCUCAUUUCAGCUGGAGUCUGGCAGUGGCUGCAGGCAGAUGGUACUCAGCUCAGCAUGUGGGCAGACAGCAGGACACAUGUGAUUUCUCAUCUGCAGCAAAACCAAUGCAAAUAAAGCAAUCCUGAGAAAUGCCCAGGACCCACUUGUUCCUGCCUAAGCAGCAAAUAGCUACCCCAGCACAGUGUGGAGGAACAAAUCCAGAGAUCUCAGCCUGCUGUAUAUUCUCUGCUGCGGGAAAAUUGCACCUGACAGAGUAAAAUUUUCUGUCACUUGUUCCGCCCCCAGCCUCAGUCCCAGGUCCUCUUGCCAUGCUGCAGGUCUCUGCUGCUUUGGCUUAUCUGCUGCCCAAUGGCCUCUCUGGGGCAAGAUGCAGCUCCCAGGGCAGAUUUGGGAGCACCACAGUGAUGGGCAAAGCCUUACAGCUGGCCCUCAGGACCAAGCAAGCCUGACACCUAACACUUGAGAGUGAGAAGGGGAGAAAGGAGGACCAGAGCUUCGGCUGGCUUAUGUCCUCUUUCCCAAACCAGCCACUGGUGGCAUGGGUUGCCUUGGGAAACUCCCCUGCCUUGGUGGGGAAUUACAGGUGGCAGAUCUGCCGGGGUGACACUGCUGGACCAACACUGCUGGACCCACAGGAGAGCGUGGAGGAAGCAGGUGAUCUCAGGCAUACCAGCAAUGCUACAUUUCC